AGGGCCAAAGGCCGCACCAAUUCCGCUCACGGCGACUCGCCGCCGGCCGAGCCGCCCGUGGUCCACGCUCGCCGCCGUCCAUGGCUGACCCCUACCGCGCUUACGACCCUCCCACCUCUCUCGGAAGAGAUCCACAAGAUCUUGCUAGGCAUCUUCCACCUGAGGGCUCUUAUUAUGCUUCAAGAAUGUCUGCUCUACAUGGGACAUCAGAUAUACAUAGACAUGAUGUACCAUUACUGCCAAGACCUUAUGGUUUGGAUGGUCCAGCAGGAGUGAGUCAUCCUGCUUUGGCUGGUCUUGGUGGACUGACUGCUGGAACUACAGCUCAGGGAGCUAGUCCUUUGGAAGACCCAGUUUUAGUAAGGAGAAGUUCUUCUCUAGGACAAACUGCUAGUAUUCCAGAGGUUGAGCAUCCCAGAGCCCUUUUGAACCUUGAUGGACCAAGAGAAGAUGAAUCCAAUAUUCUCUUUGUUGAUUGUCUCCCUACUGAUUGCACAAGGAGAGAAGUGGCCCAUUUGUUCCGUCCUUUUGUUGGCUUCAAGGAUAUCAGACUAGUGCACAAGGAGCCCAGACACAGUGGUGACAAGGCUUAUGUUCUAUGCUUUGUGGAGUUCAGUGAUGCAAAAUGUGCACUAACUGCUAUGGAGGCUCUCCAAGAAUACCACUUCGAUGAGAAGAAACCUGACUCCGCGGUUCUUAAGAUCAAAUUUGCAAGGUUCCCUUUCCGGCCGGCCGCUGCUCCCCAUGACGAUAGGAGACGCCUUACCUUGCACUGAUUGCUGGUAGUUUCUGUCAUCCAUAAUUAUUAGCUUCCUAGGACCUGACCUUGCCUUUGCAACCUGUUGAUCUUGUAACGACAUGUUGCCUGUUGAAACUAACCAAUCUUUAACAGCAGCAACGCUGCAAGUUGCAACACCAGGAAUGUACAUUUCUUUGGCCCCAUCCUGCCUGGAUUUGGAUCCUCUGUCUACCUUUUUGUACAUUCGUUGCAUCUUCGGUUUUUUGCUAGUGCCAUUUAGAAACAAACAAUGGGCUGAUGAUGAACAAUGAUGGAUGUUCUACUUGCUUACAGGGAUAAGCUAAAUAAUUAC